AUGGAUAGAUUAUUCCAUAGUACGCAGUCAUCAGGAAUUCCCGCCACUAUAGUAUCCGAUAAUGGAACUCAGUUUUUGUCCAAUGAAUUCAAGAGAAUGUGCUUUGGGCACGGUAUCCGCCAUGUGACGACUUCGCCUUACUACCCACAGCCCUCCCACGCAGAGCGUUUUAACCGUAAUCUGCGAUCAGCCCUCAUCGCUUUCCAUGCUAAAAAUCACGAGACGUGGGACCAAGAACUCCCUUGGAUUCAAUUUGCUUUUAACACAGCUGUUCAUGAAAGUCACAAGGCGGUGCCCUUCGAGUUGUUGUUUGGGUUUCCACCCAACAACCCUUUGGCUAAUAUUUGGAGGAUUGGGGACCUUCUGCCACCGCCUGGUACUCCUGAUGUUGCUAGCACUUGGGCAGCUGCCCGGCGAAAUCUUUUCAGGGCUAGGGAAUUGCUGAGGAGGAAGUAUAACAAGGGGCGUGUGGCUAACCCUUUCCGAGAGGGGGAACUUGUAUAUUGUAGAGCUCAUCCGACCAGUUCGGCCGUGGACAAAAGGGCUGCAAAGUUGUCUUAUCGGUGGACAGGCCCCCACCGUAUCUUUAGGUUUCUGACUCCGGUGACGGCUCUGUUGGGGAUCCCCAAACCGGCAAGGUUUAUCGAAAGGCACAUAUUUCUCAUCUAA